ACGUCUGUUAAAUUAGUGUGUCGUUCAAAUAAUAGCAAUAGAAUUGCUAACCGAAAAGUUUAGGCAAAACCUCCCAACAACAAUCAACCAGAGAUGAAACAACCAACUAGCGGCGAUAGUGAUCGCAACUCUAUGGCUGGCAAAGCUAACAGGCACAGCGUACUUUUAAGUAAUGAAGAAAAUGAUCAACUAUUUCGUCUGCUUGGGCGCCGUUGUCAGACACUAAACACAGCAGUUGUCCAACUUUACACGACGCAAUCGCCAGCACAUGCAUCCUGGGUAAAACGAUGUACUGGGGCAUUAUGUUUUAUAAAAGAUAAUCUACGAAAAUCCUACUAUUUUCGGCUUUACUGUCUUAAAUCAAAUCACAUGGUCUGGGAACAGGAGCUCUAUGAAAAAAUCGAAGUAACGCAACCUAAACCAUACCUCAUUACCUUCGAGGGCCAGGAUGGUAUUGUGGCGUUUAAUUUUGCAAGUGACGAUGAAGCGGCUGGGGUCAUGAACACUACCAUUACCACGAUUAAUAAUCGAAAUAGACGACGAGAUGAACGUAUCAAGCGAAACAACACCCGUAAGGAUCCGCCUCCAGCGAGACCUCCUCCGUUGCAAGCAGCUGGCGGAUUUGCAUCGAAUAACAAUUUUACCGAUUCAGAUAUGGGUGUAACCUUACGCACAAAACAAUCUUUUACAAGCCCAUUUUCAGGACCACCUGGAACGCCUGCAUUCCACCAAUAUCCAGGUCAACCUCAAGCGGCUAAUGUUGGCAACAAUCUACACCAGAAACCUCGUAAGGUGAAGGGCAUGGGAAAACUGCAAAAGUCAGAUAUUGGAUCUCCAUCGAACUUCAAGCAUGUGACCCACGUCGGCUGGGAUCCGCAUAGCGGCUUCGACCUAAUCGGUGGACAAGAAUCGCUGAAGCCUUUUCUUGAAAAGGCUGGCGUCAGAGAUCAGCAUUUAAAAGAUCGCGAUACUUGUGCAUUUAUCUACGACUUUAUCCAAACGAACAACGUGCUGGAUACAGUGAAAUCAGAGCAGAGCAGUGGCAAAAAGCAAAAACCUCCAGCGCCCCCUCCAGUACCGGUUCGUAAUCAAACAGACGCACAGUCCGACAUGUUCCCACCUCAACAGCAAUCACAACAUCAACACAAUCAACAGCACCCACCAGGCACAGGUGUGCAACAUCAACAGCAGCAGCAGCAACAGAACGGACAGAGAAAUCCUCCACCGCCGCCGCCACAUCGUGUGCUGCCUCCGUUGCCUCCAACGACGCCACCAAAGGUGCCCAGUGCUGGUGGCCCUGCUAUAAAUCGUCCUCCACCGAUGCAACCACCACAACCGGUGCCGAUUCCUUCUGCUGCUCCGGCACCGCCUCCCCCGCCACCGCCACCUGUGAUGGCUGGGCCCGUGCCGCCCCCUCCUCCACCAAUGAUGCCCUCGCUCAAACCACCGGCUCCCGCCAUUCCUAGUACCGGUUCCAGCGGUGGAGAUGAUGGAGAUGCUCGCUCGGCGCUACUCGACAGUAUUCGCAAGGGAACCACCCUCAAGAAAGUGGAACAAAAUCCCCACAACACUAGCGGAGACAUGCGGAACGACCUUAUGACCGAGAUACAGCAAGGAUUCCAGCUGCGCCCGGUCGCCAACCGGGAGUUGAAUGCUCCGGGCGAUCGCAAUAGCACCGGCGGAGGCAGUGGUAGUAGCGGAGACGGCGGAACCGACGCCCUUGCUGAUGCGUUGCGUCGUGCCCUUGCAGAGCGUGGCCGUGUUAUUCGCCCUUCCGACGAGGACGAUAGCGAUUCUAAUUCGAACAACACCGAUUGGGAGGAUUAAAGCUGGAGCGUUAUGGUUUUGUUGCGUUUGGUGAUGUAUUUGAUGUUUUAGUCUCGUGUAUAGAAGACUUCGUUGCAUUGUUUAAUUGUGAACAUUUUUAACUACCUUGCGAACAUACGUACGGUUUUAUAUUACUUCUAUUUCGUAGCACCACACACACGUUGUGUGGCCUUGUUUACUUUAUACUGGUUAACACGCAUCAGAUAGAUGUAAUUUUUGUAUUACUUUUCUUUUGAGUAAAAUACAUGCUCUAUAAAAUAAUCUGUAGUUUAUUUAAGACUAAAAUUCCGUGGAAAACAUAUAGUAUUCUCAACUCAGACAGCAUGAAAUUCUGGUAUCCUUUAUUACACUUUCGACUCAUAUCACGCGACCGACAGGCAAUAGUUUUAUAGUAGUGUACACACCAAAACGGUUGAUUUAUUUAUCAUCAUCAAAAGUACAUUUACUUCCAUCGUAUCAACAUUUAGUUCUAAUGUAUUCAAGCCACUAACAAUUCGGCACUUUUUUACAUCUAUAACUGUAAUCCUUGCUGCACC